AUGUUUAUUCAGGAAAAGGGUAUCCAUGUUGGAAGUCAGUGUUUUGUGAGCUCUGAAUGUGGAAAAUAUUUUACCAAAUUAUCUAGCUUUCAUUAUCAACAGCAAGGUGACACUGGAGAAAAGCCUUAUAAAUGUACUGAGUGUGGGAAAGCUUACACCAGUAGCACUGAACUUAGUCAUCAUGAAAGAGUGCACACUGGAGAAAGGUCUUAUCACUGCAGUAAGUGUGGGAAAUCUUUUACCACUAGCAGUGAUUUUCAUCGUCAUCAGAGAAUUCACACUGGAGAAAAGCCAUAUAAAUGCAGUGAAUGUGGGAAAUCUUUUACCACUAGCAGUGAUCUUCAUCGUCAUCAAAGAAUUCACACUGGGGAAAAGCCUUAUCAAUGCAGUGAGUGUGGAAAAUCUUUUACCCAUAAGAGCAUCCUAACUCAACAUCAGAGAGUUCAUACGGGCGAAAAGCCUUAUAAAUGCAGUGAAUGUGGAAAAUCUUUUGCUGGGAGGAAUGCUCUCCAAUAUCAUCAGAGAGUUCACACUGGAGAAAAGCCUUAUAAAUGCAGUGAAUGUGGAAAAUCUUUUACAGGGAGCAAUGCUUUCCAAUAUCAUCAGAGAGUUCACACUGGAGAAAAGCCUUAUCAAUGCAGUGAGUGUGGGAAAUCUUUUACCACCAGCAGUGAUCUUCAUCGUCAUCAGAGAAUUCACACUGGAGAAAAGCCAUAUAAAUGCAGUGAAUGCGGGAAAUCUUUUGAUACUACUAAUGGUCUCCAAUAUCAUUGGAGAGUUCACACUGGAGAAAAGCCUUAUCAAUGCAGUGAAUGUGGAAAAUUUUUUAGAGCUAAAACCAUCCUCCAUCAACAUCAGAGAGUUCAUAUGGGAGAAAAGCCUUAUAAAUGCAGUGAAUGUGGGAAGUCUUUUUUCCCGAGCUCUGCCCUUCGUUAUCAUCAGAGAGUUCAUACAGGAGAAAAGCCUUAUAAUUGCAGUGAAUGUGGGAAAUCUUUUAAAAGUAACAAUGGUUUCCGAAAUCAUUGGAGACUUCAAGGAGAAAAGCCUUAUCAAUGCAGUGAAUGUGGAAAAUCCUUUAUGUCUAAGAGUAUCCUUCAUGAACAUCAGAGAGUUCAUACUGGAGAAAAGCCUUUUAAAUGCAGUGAAUGUGGGAAAUCUUUUACUCAGAGAAGUGGCCUUCAUUUUCAUCAGAGUUCAUACGUGAGAAAAGCCUUAUAAAUGUAGUGGAUGUGGAAAAUCUUUUAAAAGUAGCAAUGCUUUUCAAUAUCAUAAGGGAGUUCACACUUGAGAAAGACAUUAUGUUAUUUCAUAAAUCUUGACAUGUGCAUGGAACUGAAACCAUCAUUACAGAUUCAUAAUGGUGUAGUGCUGACCAUAUCUGUCUCUGUGUAAUUUGUUCAUGACCUCUUUUAAUCUGUCCCUGUCCUUCACAGCUUUCCCAGUUUCCAUG